AUGUCUUACGCAGCCCGCAUGAGGCAGGCCUACCCGUUCAAGGCGGCCUCCACAUCGGUAGACCACCUUGUCAUUGGCGGAGGGGUCCUAGGUCUCUCCGCAGCGGCUGGACUGGUCAAUACUGCCGGUCGAGGGCGGACCACCUUCCUGGUCGAGAAGAGGAAUCAGCUCUGGCAAAAUACUUCCCAGCGGAAAACAGACGUGAUACAAUCAGGCAUAUACUACCCGAUUGGAUCCCUCAAAUCGCAAUUGUCUAUACGAGGCCGCCAUCUGCUGUACGACCGGUGUGAAGCGCUCGGCAUAGAACACAGGAAGACGCAGAAGCUGGUGGUUGCGACCUCAAAUUCACAAAUACCUUACCUCGACUACCUUCAGGGUAUAUCGGUCAACGAGCGGCUCCGACAAGGAACAGGGGUACAAAGUUCCAGCCAGAAUGACUCAAGCAUCCCUGCAUACUUCCUCUCGGGCGAUGAUGCGCGGGAUAUGGAGCCGGAUCUGUCGCCCGCUGUGAAUGGCGCGGUCAUCAUGACGGAGACGGGCAUACUCGACCGAAGAGGUCUCAUCCAGAGUCUGGAGAAGGAGGUGGAAGAGGAAGAGUACCUGGAGACACCAGUCGGUGUCGGACUGGGCGUGGGAAGGCGGAUCAGAGGUAAAGGGGACGGAAGGGGGCAUGGAAUGAUUGUGCGGGGCACGAGAGUAGUGCGGAUCGAUGCGGACGAAAAGGGCGGGUGGGUGGUGCAGCUCGAGAGCGGCUGGAAUGGGGAAGAGGGGGUCAAGGGGGAGAUAGAGGCCGUCAGGGCUCAGGUGGUCGUGAAUGCGGCAGGAGUUGGCGGUGCGGAAUUGACGGAGGGUGUACGGUCGGAGUGCGGGCGCGUGCCGGAGGAAGUGGUCAGAGGCGGAUAUCUGCUGUACACAGGGCCUGGAGUGGAGAAUGUCUCGCGCAUCAUUCAUCCAUGUCCCACGCGCCACAGCGAUGGGGUAUCGGCUCGAUUGUCAAUCGAUCUGGACGGAAUCAUUCAUUUCGGUCCUGACCUAUCGUUCCUAAGUCCAGCAUCCCAGGACCCGUCAGAUUGGCCUCAACCAUCCGAGUCAGACCUUCAAGCGAUCGGGCAAGCGAUCCAGGACUAUCUUCCCAACAUCGACCCGUCUCUUCUCCAGCCCGGCUACUCGGAACUACGACCAGCUAUCACACAUGACGGAGGCAUAGGGGAUUUUAUGAUUCGCCACACCGAAGACCGGACGGGCUUGAUCGAGCUCUUGGGCUUUGAUAGUCCUUUGACCCCAGCUUUGGCGGUCGGUGAGCUCGUAGUGGAUAAGGUCAAGAAGGAGAUCUGGCGGGGAGGGAGGCAAGUCGAUGAGCUAGCUAAGGGCUGGGAGUAG